CACGUUCCGUCCGUGCGUGCGAGCGUUAAGGCUGGAUCUCGCGACUGGAAGGUGGGCCCUACCUGCGCGUGUUUGCCGUCGAGUCUGUCCUCACGGGGCUGUGGAAUUCGGACCUCAUGGCGGAGAUAAUUCAGGAGCGCGUAGAAGAUCGACUCCCCGAGCUGGAGCAGCUGGAGCGCAUUGGGCUGUUCAGUCAUGCGGAGAUUAAGGCCAUCAUUAAGAAGGCUUCUGAUCUAGAAUACAAAAUACAACGAAGAGCCCUUUUCAAGGAAGACUUUAUCAAUUACGUUCAAUAUGAAAUUAAUCUAUUGGAGCUGAUCCAGAGAAGAAGAACACGCAUUGGAUAUUCAUUUAAGAAGGAUGAGAUUGAGAAUUCUAUUGUGCACCGAGUACAAGGUGUCUUCCGACGUGCUUCAGCGAAGUGGAAAGAUGAUGUUCAACUUUGGCUUUCCUAUGUAGUUUUUUGUAAGAAAUGGGCUACCAAAACUCAACUCAGCAAGGUAUUCUCUGCCAUGUUAGCCAUUCAUUCAAACAAGCCAGCUUUGUGGAUCAUGGCGGCUAAAUGGGAAAUGGAAGAUUGCUUGUCUUCAGAGAGUGCAAGACAACUAUUUCUACGGGCUCUGCGCUUUCAUCCACAGUGCCCAAAACUUUAUCAAGAAUACUUUAGGAUGGAGUUGAUGAAUGCUGAAAAACUGAGGAAGGAAAAGCAAGAAUUUGAAAAAGCUGACAUGGGUGUGGGGAAUCUUGAUUAUCCUGAAGAACUCCUGAAGGGCGAGUUGGCACGAAUAAUCUAUAAAAAUUCUAUAAGCAUAAUUAAAGGUGCAGAAUUUCAUGUGUCACUGCUUUCAAUUGCACAACUAUUUGAUUUUGCCAAAGAUCUACAAAAAGAAAUUUAUGAUGACCUUCAGGCUCUUCACACAGAUGACCCUCUCACUUGGGAUUAUGUGGCACGACGAGAAUUAGAGAUCGAGUCACAGCCAGGAGAAGAGCAGCCUACAGUGAAACAAGCUAAAGCAGUGGAGAUGGGCCGGAAAGAGGAGAGGUGCUGUGCUGUGUAUGAAGAGGCAGUGAGGACUCUGCCUACAGAGGCCAUGUGGAAGUGUUACAUCAACUUUUGUUUGGAAAGAUUUGCUAAGAAGACAAAUAGUCAGUUUCUCAAAAGGAAGAGGCUGGAAAGAACCAUGAUUGCAUUCAGGAAGGCACAUGACCUCAAGCUUCUGUCAGAAUUCCAAUACAAGCAGUGGAUUGAGUUGUUGCUGCACCAUGACUUUUUAAAGGAAGCUCUGGAGGUGGCAGUAGCUGGGACUGAAUUAUUUAAAGACUCUGGGACAAUGUGGCAGAUGAAGCUGCGGGUGCUGAUUGACUCAAAGAGUCCUGACAUAGCCAUGCUUUUUGAAGAAGCUUUGAUGCACCUGAAACCCCAGGUUUGUCUGCCAUUGUGGCUUUCUUGGGCAGAGUGGAGUGAAAGUGCCAAAAGCCAAGAAGAUACUGAAACAGUCUUUAAGAAAGCUUUCUUAGCUGUCACAGGUGCUGACUCAGUAACUCUGAAGGAUAAGUACCUGGAUUGGGCUUAUCGAAGUGGUGGCUAUAAAAAGGCCAGAGCUGUGUUUAAAAGUUUACAGGAAAGCCGUCCAUUUUCAGUCGAUUUUUUUAGGAAAAUGAUCCAGUUUGAAAAGGAGCAGGAAUCCUGCAAGAUGGCAAACUUAAGAGAAUAUUAUGAGAGGGCUUUGAGAGAGUUUGGAUCUGUAGAUUCUGAUCUUUGGAUGGAUUACAUCAAAGAAGAAUUGAACAACCCCCUUGGUAGACCUGAGAGCUGUGGACAGAUCUAUUGGCGAGCCAUGAAAAUGUUGCAGGGAGAGUCAGCAGAGGUGUUUGUAACUAAACAUGCUAUGCAUCAGGCUGGCCGUUUAUGACGAGAAAGAAUACAGCCAACUUUUUGUGAAAUAGUAUUGUAAGCCCUCUGGGCAUAUUUGUAUUAUUAUGAGUCAAUCUGUAAUUUGCUCAGAGAUGGCAGACAAGAUGGCGGUCUGAUUUUUGAGACAUGCCUUAUUUUUGUGUUAGUGCAUUACUCUUUAAUUCCAGAAAAGAGAAUUGCUGAUUUAAUGGCUAUUUGUUGAGGCCAGACCUACCAUAGGUCUUAAAUGUUUUCCAAAAUGUAUGGAAAUCAUACAGCUGAGUUUCAUUUAUUAUCCCAGGUCAAGCAUUAGUACCUCUAAUCUAGACCUAAGAGCUAGUUAAAAUGGAGGAGAAAAUACAGUUCUGUUGUUUGUUUAUUCCCUCCUUAUUAUAAAAGUAUACAUGGUAUUCAUUUGUUUUAGAAAAUAUGGAGGAAAUAAUGUGUGAGAAGAAAAUAAAAGCAUCUUGUAAUCCUCUGGAGUUAAAUGUAGUAAUUUGAUUUUCUUGAUCAGAAUUGGAUGUAUACUGUUAGGUCAUUUACUCGUUCAUCCAUUCAAGAAAUAUUUGAGUGCCCAUCAUGUACAGGAAAGAAGGGAGGGCUUUGGGAAUGGAUGUCCUAAGAGCUGGUUGAAGCAGCAAAGAGGUGCCUGGUGUUAGGGAAAAACUUGUUCUUUAAGAAGGUUAAGACAAUAUAAAAGUGUUUUCUGUCUUUGGAGCUGACACGCAGAGAAGUGUUUACAUUGAGUAGGCCCUGCAGCAAAAGAAGGGAUGGGGGAGUAGGGUAGAGCAGCAAAGAAGCGCUUCAGUGGUGAGGCAUGGAAGGAUGGUUUGGAGCAGAGAAGAGCAUUCUGGGGGUAGGGGAGGCAACUGUUUGGAUUAUAUCCUUUAACUUAACAUUAUGAUGUCACUGGGAGAAACAUUCAUUGCAGUUUUACUUAGUAUUAUGUUUCAUUUAAUGUUAU